GAUGGACCGAACUGUGAGCGGUUGCUUGUAAGAGUGUUCAGUCCACAUCGCACCUACUGUGAUUAACCGGAGCACCGUGAGACAGCUCUCAAUUUACGCACGCGCUUCAAUUCACUGCUGAAGUCCAACCCGGCCAGUAGAGUUCAGCUCGUAUUUCAUAGAGUACAGAGAGAAGCUUGUAGGCUUUUUUGUGUGUGUUUACCGCUGACUGGGCGACCGAGACAGACUGAGACGUAAGGUUAGCCGAAACUGCAGGGAGAGGAAGCGGCAGACAUGGACGAGCAGCCGCGGAUGAUGCACUCUCACGCCGGGGUGGGGAUGGCGGGGCACCCCGGGCUGCCUCAGCACAUGCAGGAGGGAACCGGGGGAGCCGACGGAGACGGCAGGAAACAGGACAUCGGAGACAUUUUACAACAAAUCAUGACCAUUACAGACCAAAGUCUGGACGAAGCGCAGGCCAGGAAGCACGCGCUGAACUGUCACAGGAUGAAGCCCGCGCUCUUUAACGUUCUGUGUGAAAUAAAAGAAAAAACAGUGCUGAGUAUCCGAGGUGCCCAGGAAGAAGAGCCUCCCGAUGCCCAGCUCAUGAGACUGGACAACAUGCUGUUGGCUGAAGGCGUGUCGGGGCCAGAGAAAGGGGGUGGGUCAGCUGCGGCCGCAGCCGCUGCAGCAGCUUCAGGAGGAGCCGGAGCUGAUAACUCAGCCGAACACUCUGAUUAUAGAGCCAAGCUCUCCCAGAUCCGCCAGAUUUACCACACCGAACUGGAGAAAUAUGAACAAGCAUGUAACGAGUUUACCACUCACGUGAUGAACCUGUUGCGAGAGCAGUCGCGCACACGGCCUAUCUCACCCAAAGAGAUCGAGCGCAUGGUCAGCAUCAUCCACCGCAAGUUUAGCUCCAUCCAGAUGCAGCUCAAGCAGAGCACCUGCGAGGCAGUCAUGAUCCUCCGCUCCCGCUUCCUCGAUGCCAGGAGGAAAAGACGAAACUUCAACAAACAGGCCACCGAGAUCCUGAACGAGUACUUCUACUCCCACCUAAGUAAUCCGUAUCCCAGUGAGGAGGCCAAGGAGGAGCUGGCCAAGAAAUGCUCUAUCACUGUCUCCCAGGUGUCUAACUGGUUCGGAAACAAACGAAUCCGGUAUAAGAAGAACAUUGGAAAGUUUCAGGAGGAAGCCAACAUGUACGCAGCCAGAACUGCAGUGAAUGCGGCCAGCGUGUCAGCUCACGGCAGCCAGGCAAAUUCCCCCUCCACCCCCAACUCAGCAGGUUCAGCUGGCUCUUUUAACAUGUCCAACUCUGGUGAUUUGUUUAUGAGUGUGCAGUCUAUGAAUGGCGAUUCAUACCAGGGGGCUCAAGUGGGAGCCAACGUGCAGUCGCAGGUGGAUACCCUUCGCCAUGUUAUCAGUCAGACAGGAGGAUACAGUGAUGGCCUCACAGCCAACCAGAUGUACAGUCCGCAGGGCAUCAGUGCUAACGGUGGAUGGCAGGAUGCUACUACCCCCUCCUCAGUGACCUCACCCACAGAAGGACCCGGGAGUGUUCACUCUGACACCUCCAACUGAUCCCCUCAUCACCUCACUCCUUCUUGUUCCCUCACUACUGCACAAACCAUGGACUCUCUUUUUGUUCCGUCACUCUCAGUCGUUCAUCACUAGGUUUAAAUAAUGCACUCACUAAGCUGGGUCUCUGUAUUUUAUUUCACCCAAACACACACACAGAUUUCUGUUCUCAAAUACAGCCCUCAAUUUGUAUUAACCCCUUCAGAUCAUUUUUUUUUCUAUCCUCAAUUAUAAUUAACUCUAAUUCUUCUUCAUUAAAUAGUUUUCAGUCUUAAAUAGUAUUUUGAUGCAGCUCCUCAUGGAUUGAAUGAAAAAAAAUCCUUUAAACAAAAUCUACGAAUGGAGAUGGGGUCUGAAGGGGUUAAUAUGUCCGAUCACACUACCUCUUAGAUAAACAAUAUAAACAACAAAUCAUAACAAUAAACUGAUUUCUAAAACAGAAAUUAUGGUGCAUAUAAUGCCCCAUUUUCCAUAUCAAAACCUUAUCACAUUUUUAUCAUGGUAAGAAUCCUUGAACAUUUUCUGUAUCCAUAGUGCCAAAGUAUUUUUCUACAUUUUAACACUCAUGAUUUGCAUGUUCAUUUGACGUGAUCAUAUCUCCAUGUUGUAAUAUAGGGACAUACUGUAUUAUAAAGACAUAUUUUGUA